AUGCCCUUCGGGCUAACUAACGCGCCAGCGACGUUUCAGAGAGCAAUGGAUAUCCUGCUCUCUCCGUUCCGUUGGAAAUGCUGUUUGUGCGAAUUUUUCGUGGAAAAGAUCAAGUACCUGGGCCACGUCGUCCGCCCAGGUACGCUAGAAGUCGAUGUCGCGCGAACCGCCGCGUUGGAACAAGUGCAGUACCCGCGAACACAGACACAGCUCAGGAGCUUCCUGGGACUCUGCAAUGUCUACCGCAGGUUCGUUCCGCAUUAUGCGAAAAUCGCGCGGCCUCUAAACCAACUACUGAAGAAAGGACAACCGGUCCAGUUGGAAGGAUUCGACGAACCGUGCAAGAAAGCUUUCCAUAAGCUCAAGGACGCUAUCUUGGCACCGCCGGUGUUGGCGCUGCCGAAGAAGGACCUACCCUACUCGGUAGAUACCGAUGCAAGCGACUACCAAAUAGGCGCUGCACUAUUUCAAACACAUCCGGAUGCGCAACGCAAACCCAUCGGGUUCUUUUCAAAAACGUUAGCCGCAGCCGAGAGAAACUAUUCUGUAUCAGAAAAAGAAUGUCUAGCGGUAAUUUGGGCCGUACAGACCUUAAGACCAUAUCUAUAUGGCGAGCACUUCGUCGUGCAUACCGACCAUGCCUCAUUGAGGUGGUUGAUGAACGUAACCGACCCCAGCGGGAGAUUAAUCCGAUGGAGGCUCCGCCUCCCGGAAUUCGAUUUUGAAAUCAAGUACAAAAAGGGAAAGGCUAACAGCCAGGCGGACGCUUUGUCAAGGUUGCGAACCGCAGGAGAAACCGUCGACGAAAUCGACAACGAAAUCCCUUGUUUUACGGCCGAACCGGCCGAGGGAACAGUGGAGGACGAGGAAAGUAUUGACGCGGCAGACGACAUCCUCGCUCUUGAGGGGGGGACCGCCCCUGAUCGCCUCGAUCAAUUCCAAGCUGUGAGAACGUUCAGCACAGAGACCGAGGAACUCGAAGGAACUCUAUGCCGUACCGCGGUGGAGUUUGUACAAGUGGUAAUACCACAAUCGUUAAGGGACCGCGUCCUAGGGUUGAGCCACUACGCAAAAUUGGCAGGCCACCCGGGAGGCAGGAAACUUUACAAGACUUUGAGAAGAUAUUUUUAUUGGCCUACGAUGGCCCUAGACUGCUAUGCAGUCGCGAAGAAUUGCGCCGCAUGUGCGCGGGAAAGGGUGAAGUUCAGAAAAAACACGAAGGAAAUGAAGCUGUUCACGCCCAAAGCGCCGCUGGAAUUUGUCGCCAUCGACAUCCUCGGCGAGCUAAUUACAACUAAGCGAGGAAAUCGGUAUAUUCUCGUGAUCAGCGAUCGAUACUCGAAACUUGUACGGACCGUACCGUUGAAGAAGAUAUCAGCUGCGCACAUCGCACAAGCCUUCGUUCACCAUUGGGUAUUCGUGUACGGACCGCCGUUCAAGCUGCUGUCCGACAAUGGAACACAGUUCACGGCCCGGUUCUUUCAGAAUGUCUGCCGAAUUCUUGGCAUACGCAAUGUGUUCACGACUACGUACCACCCGUAA